UUUGCUGCUCCUCCUCCUGCUGCUGCUCCUGUAACCAGCCGGGCCCGCGUCGGCUUUCCCGGGAAGGCUGCAAGGCGAGGAGGGAGCUCGUGUAGGAGGCCACUGUGAGCGGCGGCGGGGGCUUCUCCUCGCUCUGAGAAGGCGGCAGGAUGAACGACGCCCGGCUGCGCCUCGGGCGGCUCUCGUUGCUGCUGCUGCCGCUGCUGACCGGGCUGUGCGGCGGCGCCAUGGACGAGUGCGCGGACGAGCAGAGCGGGCGGCCCCAGCGCUGCAUGCCCGAGUUCGUCAACGCCGCCUUCAACGCCACGGUGGUGGCCACCAACACGUGUGGCAGCCCGGCGGAGGAGUACUGCGUGCAGACCGGCGUGACGGGGGUCACCAAGUCGUGCCACCUGUGCGACGCCGCCCAGCCUCACCUGCAGCACGGCGCCGCCUUCCUCACCGACUACAACAACCAGGCCGACACCACCUGGUGGCAGAGUCAGACCAUGCUGGCCGGCGUCCAGUACCCCAACACCAUCAAUCUCACCCUGCAUCUCGGAAAGGCCUUUGACAUUACGUAUGUACGCCUGAAAUUCCAUACCAGCCGUCCGGAGAGCUUUGUCAUCUACAAGCGCACUCAGGAAGAUGGUCCAUGGGUGCCUUACCAGUACUACAGUGGAUCCUGUGAGAAAACCUAUCACAAAUCCAGUCGUGGCUUUAUCAGGACUGGGGAGGACGAACAGCAAGCACUUUGCACAGAUGAGUUCAGUGACAUCUCUCCACUCACCGGAGGCAAUGUGGCCUUUUCAACGCUGGAGGGGAGGCCCAGCGCAUAUAACUUUGACAACAGUCCUGUCUUACAGGAAUGGGUGACUGCUACUGAUAUCAGAGUAAGCCUCAAUCGCCUGAACACCUUUGGAGAUGAAGUUUUUAACGAUCCCAAAGUUCUCAAAUCUUAUUAUUAUGCAAUUUCUGACUUUGCUGUGGGUGGUAGGUGCAAAUGCAACGGCCACGCGAGCGAGUGUGUGAAGAAUGAAUAUGGAAAGGUUUCUUGCAGUUGCAAACACAACACCUUUGGGGAUGACUGUGAAAAGUGCCUCCCUUUUUACAACGACCGGCCCUGGCGAAGAGCAACAGCAGAGAGUGCCAAUGAGUGUUUGCCCUGUAACUGCAAUGGGCGAUCGCAGGAAUGUUACUUUGACCCUGAGCUAUACCGUUCCACAGGCCAUGGUGGCCACUGCACAGGCUGCUUUGGUAACACUGAUGGGCCAAACUGUGAGAGGUGCCGAGAGAACUUCUACCGCCUUGGAAGCGAGGAAACAUGUCUGUCGUGUAACUGCAACCCUGUUGGCUCCCUCAGCACCCAGUGUGACAACUAUGGACGGUGCAGCUGUAAACCUGGCGUGAUGGGCGACAAAUGUGAUAGGUGUCAGUCUGGCUUCCAUUCUCUCACAGAGGCUGGUUGCAGGCGGUGUUCCUGCGAUCCUGCUGGCAGCACAGAUGAGUGCAACGUGGAAACGGGGCGUUGUACCUGCAGAGAUAAUGUAGAGGGGUUCAACUGUGAGAGGUGCAAACCUGGCUUUUUUAACCUGGACUCUGCCAAUCCUAGAGGAUGUACUCCCUGCUUCUGUUAUGGGCACUCGUCUGUCUGUACCAACGCCGUUGGGUACAGUAUCUACAGAAUUACCUCCAGCUUCCAGACUGGAGAAGAAGAGUGGCACGCGGAACAAAGAGAUGGGUCUGAAAUCUCAGUUCAGUGGAUUACGGAGACUCAAGACAUCUCUGUGAUCUCAGACACACCUUUUCCCAUCUACUUCAUUGCACCAGGCAAGUUCCUUGGAAAUCAAAUCUUGAGUUACGGCCAAAACCUGACAUUCUCUUUUCGGGUCGAUAGGCGGGACACUCGCCUUUCUGCUGAGGACAUAGUCCUUGAGGGCGCUGGACUGAGAGUAUCUGUACCUCUGAUUGCUCAAGGCAACUCCUAUCCCAGCGAGAACACACUGAAAUAUGCCUUCAGGCUCCAUGAAGCAACAGAUUAUCCCUGGAGGCCUUCUCUCACCCCAUUUGAGUUCCAGAAGCUGCUCCUCAAUUUAACUGCCAUCAAAAUUCGUGGGACCUACAGCGAGAGGAGUGCUGGAUAUUUGGAUGACGUCACGAUCAUGAGUGCCCAGCCUGGGCCUGGGAUCCGAGCAACUUGGGUGGAGAGCUGUACGUGCCCCACAGGAUAUCUGGGGCAGUUCUGUGAACGGUGUGCCCAGGGCUACAGGAGGGAGACCCCCAGUCUUGGGCCUUACAGUCCAUGUGUGCCAUGUUUCUGCAACAGGCACAGUGAAUCCUGCAACCCCGAAUCUGGAGCCUGUGACUGCAGGGACAACACCGCAGGCCCCCACUGCGAGAAGUGCAGUGAUGGCUAUUAUGGAGAUGCAACCACAGGCACCUCUUCCGAUUGCCAGCCGUGCCCGUGCCCAGGGGGCUCGACCUGUGCCAUAGUGCCCAAAACCAAGGAGGUCGUGUGCACCAAUUGUCCAACUGGUACCACAGGUAAAAGGUGUGAGCUGUGUGAUGACGGCUAUUUUGGAGAUCCUCUGGGCACAAACGGCCCUGCCAGACUUUGCCGACUUUGCCAAUGCAGUGACAACAUUGACCCCAACGCUGUUGGGAACUGCAACCGCUUGACGGGAGAAUGUCUGAAGUGCAUCUAUAACACAGCUGGUUUCUAUUGUGACCGGUGCAAGGACGGAUUCUUUGGCAAUCCCUUAGCUCAGAAUCCAGAGGACAAGUGCAGAGCUUGCAAUUGCAAUCCGUACGGCACGAUGAACCUGCAGACAACCUGCAACCAAGUAACAGGGCAGUGCGAAUGCCUUCCACAUGUCACAGAGAGGGAUUGCAGCUCAUGCGAGCCGGGUUUCUACAACCUGCAGAGUGGGCGUGGCUGUGAAAGGUGUGACUGCCAUCCGUUGGGUUCCACUAAUGGCCACUGUGACGUACGGAACGGGCAAUGCGAGUGCCAGCCGGGCAUCACUGGCCAGCGUUGCGAGAGGUGUGAAGCCAACCAUUUUGGAUUUGGUCCUGAAGGCUGCAAACCUUGUGACUGUGACCCUGAAGGUUCUCGCUCUCUUCAGUGCAAAGAGAAUGGUCAUUGUGAGUGCAAAGAAGGCUUUGUGGGAAAUCGCUGUGACCAGUGUGAAGAAAACUAUUUCUACAAUCGAUCAUGGCCUGGCUGUCAAGAGUGUCCUGCAUGUUACAGAUUGGUGAAAGAUCAGGUGGCAGAACAACGGGAGAGAUUGAAGGAGCUGGAAAAUCUUAUAGCCAACAUAGGAACAGGUGAUGAAACUAUAACGGACCAGGCAUUUGAAGACAGGCUGAAAGAAGCAGAAAGAGAUGUCAUGGACUUGCUUCGGGAUGCACAAAGCAUCAAAGACGUAGAUCAGGGCUUGAUGGAUCGCCUGCAGGAGAUCAACAGAACCCUGUCCAGCCAGCUUGGUCGGUUAAGGAACAUCCAGAACACAGUGGAAGAGACAGAAGAGCUUGCUGACCGGGCCCAAGACCGGGUGGACAAUACACAGGAACUCAUUGACGAAGCCUCAGAUAUGCUGCGGAGGGCAAGGGUGGCUGUUGCCAAUGUAUCUAUUACUCCACCAGAAUCAACCAGUGACCCCAACAACAUGACUCUCCUGGCAGAAGAGGCCCGUCAUCUGGCUGCACGGCACAAACAAGAAGCCGAUGAUAUUGUGCGGAUAGCUAAAGAAGCAAACGAUACAUCGACACAAGCGUAUAAGCUGCUCUUGGACACACUGGCGGGAGAGAAUCAAACAAUGAAUGAUAUUGGUGACCUUAAUAAAAAGUAUAACCAAGCAAAGGAUAUUUCCCGAGAUCUGGAAAAGCAGGCGAACAAGGUCCAUAAGGAAGCAGAGGAGGCCGGGAACAAAGCUCUGCAGAUCUACGCCAAUCUCACCAGUCUGCCACCUAUAGACACGGAGGCAUUGGAGAAUGAGGCAAAUAAGAUCAAGAAGGAAUCCAGAGAGCUGGAUCAGCUAAUCAACAGGAAGCUGAAGGAUUAUGAGAUUCUGAGAGAAGACAUGAAAGGGAAAGAACAGGAAGUACAAACCCUUUUGGAGAAAGGCAAGAUUGAACAGCAGACGGCUGAUCAGCUCUUGGCUCGAGCAGACGCUGCCAAGGCUCUGGCUGAAGAGGCUGCCGAAAAGGGGAAGAAUACGCUCAAGGAGGCCAACGACAUUCUCAACAAUUUGAAAGACUUCGAUAAGCGUGUGAAUGAUAACAAGACUGCUGCUGAGGACGCGCUAAGAAAAAUUCCUGCCAUCACUCAGACCAUUAUGGAGGCCAACAAUAAGACCCGUCAUGCGGAACUGGCACUGGGCAGUGCUGCUGUUGAUGCCAGGGAAGCCAAGAGCAAAGCUGACGAUGCUGAGAAAAUUGCCGGUGCUGUACAGAAAAAAGCUGCUGAGACAAAGGACGAGGCUGACAAGACUUUUUCCACUGUUACUGACCUGGACAAAGAAGUGGAUGGCAUGUUGCAGCAACUGGAAGAAGCAGAGAAAGAGCUGAAGAGGAAACAGGAAAGUGCUGAUCAAGAUAUGAUGAUGGCAGGAAUGGCUUCAGAAGCAGCUCGGGAAGCAGAAGAUAAUGCAAGGAAAGCAAAGAAUUCUGUCAACAGCUUGCUCGGUAUGAUUAAUGACCUCCUGGAGAAGCUAGGGCGCGUGGAGCCCGUGGACUUGGGUAAACUGAAUGAGAUUGAGGAUACUUUGAAUGCUGCCAAAAAGCAAAUGAGGGACAACGAUCUGGACCGAAAAGUGUCUGAUCUGGAGAAGGCAGCCAAAAAGCAAGCCAGUGCUAUCAGUGAAUACAACAGGGACAUUAGCACCAUCAUGAAAGACAUUAGCAAUCUUGAAGACAUCAAGAAGACCUUGCCAAGUGGCUGUUUCAACACCCCGUCCAUUGAAAAACCCUAAGGGUGUGCUAAGGGCAGGGGGGCAUUCCCUCAAUGACUGGCGGAGCGGUUCUUUUGGCUGUGGAGUGCCUUAAUUCCUAGAUUAUGUUCUUCAGGACUCCCCACCCCACCCCAAUCUCCCACACAGCUCUCAAUUGUCCUUUCUUUCCCUGUUCGGGGGUGGGGAUUGGGAAUGCAAGUUUCUAGAUUGAAGUCAAAUUAAAUAUCAGCCUUCGGAGCAUCAAGAAGGUUUCAAGACAUAAAAUCUAUACACUCUCUUGGUCAAGCACUCCACCUUCCUUCCCCUCUCUCAGAAAACACUCCCCUUUCAUUUACACAAUGAUGUGAAAUAUUAUGGACUGCUGUACCGAACUGCAGAAAUAGCCAUGGGAACUGAUGUAUAAUGGGGGGUGGUAGUGUGGAAAUCACAGGCCUUUACUUCAGUCCCUUCUCCACUCCAUUCUUGUAUCUCCCUACCCCUGAUUCUAUGUUCUUCUUUUUUUCUAUGAAGGAAAUGGGUUGGCUACCAAAGUAUUAAAUAGUAAUGGCCAGGAAAGCCACACUUCGUAAGAAACACUGAUGGACUUCAAAACCAGACUUAAAAACAAGAAGAAAAAGCCAGUCCUAUUCAUAAAGUAGUGGCUGAUCAAACCGCCACUUUGGUAGCCAGCUGCCAAUAUUUUUUUUUAAAAAAAAAACCUUUCUAGAGUGCAAUAUAUGUAUAUGUAUAUCCAGUUUCUGAGAGACCGUUUCUCAGAAACAUUUUUGGGGAGUCAUGAGGAAAGAGUGGUGUGUUGGGUCUCCAUGGUGCUAUACCUUGGCCUGUGAAGCAGGCAUGUCUUCAGCCUGUGAGAAGAAAGGCAGACAUUUAAAUUCUUCAAGCUGGAAGAACCUGCUUGUGGUCAGAAUUGUUCCUGUCACCAGCCAGUCACUAGACAUCUCUAAGAGAUAUCUUCCAAAGGCAGCUGGAUUAAUAUGGACAAAUUCUUUCUUUAAUAUGUCAGACUCUAAUGUUUGUAUUCUUUUUUUUGAAAGAAAGAAACCCAACAACCAGAGAGAGCUUUACUUGCUAGGCUUGACUGUGAAUUUUAAAGUCAGCAUAAUUUUCUCUGGAAGAAAGAGAGAAA